AUGCAGGAAUCCGGGACAAAUGAGGUACCCGUGUACACCAUCAUUCAAGCAGACGGGCUGUAUCCUGACGACACUGUUGAACAAGAAAUUUUCACGUCCGCUUCCAAGUACCCAUAUCAAGUCCGAUACGUCCAAACAGAUCUGUAUCCGACCGGGGCUCCCACCCCAAAACCAUGGUCUGAUAUACCGCAAAGUCUGAGAGAUCGGGUCGACGGCGUCAUGGUGUUGAAAAUGCGCUUUACGGCGGAGGAUUUGGAAUUGUUCCCCAGACUGAAGGUGUAA